CAUAAUAAUAGCUCACAUUGAACAUUGUUUAUUUCAAAUAAAAUGAGAAGAGAGACGAAAGACAGAAAAGAAAAAGAUAAUCAAGAAAGAGAGAAAGAGAAAGGAGAUCGACCACACAGAGAGAGACCGAGCACAACCGAGCACAGAGAGAGAAAGAUAAGUACUCCUCUCAUAUCAUACAAUGCUGCACGUCUUCUUUUGUAAACUCUCGGACGAGUGUUGUCCUCCUCUUCUUGCUCCUCGUCGUCACCACCGCUGCUGGAUGACUCGUGGUCGGUCUUUUCCAGACUUAUACGUUUGUGGU